AUGCGUUUCCAAAAGAUUGCUCCUUUCGCUCUUGCAGCAUCUGUUGCUUCGGCACAGAACACCACAGAAGGUGGUAACCUCACCACUGGCGGAAACAUCACCACGUCGACGAACGGCACCGUCCCUCUCGCAAACCAGCAGCUCAACUCGUUCUGGACGCUGCUUCAGCAAUUCAAUUUGUUGAGCAGUGUCGGCAACAUGAGAAACAUUACCCUCCUUGCUCCUAGCAACGAAGCUUUGUCUCGCUUGAACAGCUCUGGUGUUGCUGUCACCUCUGAGCUUGUCCAAGCGUUGAUCAGCUACCACACUCUGAACGGCACCAUCUUGUCCUCUGAGCUCAACAAUGUCACAUCCGCCUUCCCUCACACUCACUUAACCAACCCUGCCUUCUCCAACGUCACUGGAGGACAAGUCGUUGAAGCUCUUCUGGUCAACAACACAGCCACCUUCUUCAGUGGCCUCAAGAACAACGUCUCGGUUACAUCUGGGAACCUCAACUUCACUGGUGGUGUCAUCCACAUCGUUGAUGGCACUCUUACCAUACCUGGAAAUCUCUCUUCCACUCUUACCAACUCGAACCUGACGGCACUUGCUGGUGCAGCUCAGGAGCUCAACUUGACAUCCACCCUAAGCAGUCUCCACGACGUAACAAUUUUCGCUCCAAACAACGACGCUUUCCAAGCUGUCGGCUCUGCCCUGGCCAACGCUUCCGCUUCUGAGCUCAUCUCGGUUCUGGGCUACCACGUCGUAAACAACAGCGUCCUCUACAGCGCCGACAUCAUGAACGGUAGCACUUCGGUCCCCACAUUCAUCGGAGGCAACCUCACUCUCCAAAACAUCAACGGCAGCUACUAUGUCAACAGCGCCAAGAUCGUUACUCCCGAUAUCUUGUUCAGCGGCGGUGUCAUCCAGGUCAUCGACAGAGUCCUCAAUCCCAACAACACUGUCGCACACAACGCUACUGAGACUGCAUCGUCCUCAAGCACUUCUCAAGCCUUCGCUGGCGUCACCACUAAGGCAUCGGACGUACCUUUCACUUCUGGCCAGGCCACCCCCAGCACAACCAAUCCUGCUCAGAAGAGUGCUACCACUGGUGCUGCCAGCUCCACGGGUGCUGCCAAUGCCUUUGCGACCGGCGCUGUUGGCGGUGCUGCUCUAUUCGGUGCCAUCGGUGCCGCCUUUGCCAACUUCUAA